ACGUGUUGUAUUGUACCGUGUGAGGCGGCCGUGUCCUCUUCACGCGCUCCAAGUUUCGCUCCACAAUCCUCGCCCCCGCCUCCGACCGGCGUUGGCGCGGCACCGCUCCGCUGUGUACGUAGUGCGUAAGGGUUGGCGAAAGCGCCGCGCUUUUGCUUUCUUUUUAUACCCAGCACAACCGACUGGAUACCGCGAUCGGUUACCACGUGGUUACACCGGGCACGGCGCACGUGCACCGACGUUACCGCCGCAACCACCGCUAUCACCCACAAUAUUAUAUUAUGUACCGGCAAACGCCCGGGACGCCGGCGUCCGCUACUGCCGCAGCCGGUAGAGAUAAAGGUCUGCCAACAGCGACCAUGAAUUUAAUAAAAGCUGUUAUUAUUAGUACUACAUUUUUUUACGGACUCACGGUCGGCCAGGAAAACAAUUACAGCCAAACAGGUGAACUAGAUCUGCUAUCGUCUAUUGAAAUGCCAUUUCGUGAUACUGAGCAUAUAUUUUUCGUAACGGGCGAAGACGGGUUUCCAGCAUUUGGCAUUAAACCCGGUUCAGAUAUCAAAGCUCCAUAUCGGUUGGUUUUCCCUGAAAAGUUUUAUCCAGAGUUUUCGACCGUCACCACUUUUAAAUUAAAUUCCAUGGUUGGAGGAUUUUUGUUCGCUGUGGUAAACCCUCUUGAAAAUAUAGUGCAACUGGGAUUGCAAGUCGUGCCGACGUCGGCCGACUCAUUGAACGUCAGUCUUUUGUACACUGAUGUUAACAAGUACUCAUCGACUUCCAACGUGUUGGCAACGUUUUCUGUGCCAUGGAAACUCAAUAAUUACGUGCGGAUUAGCCUGAAGGUGACAAAGGAGAACGUCGUAUUGGACGGGAAGUGCUUAAAACCUCAGAUCCAGUCGGUUAUCAGAGAUCCGUUGGAGCUUAUGUUCGACUCGGCAUCGACAUUGUACAUUGCUCAAGCUGGGCCACUCAUCAAAGGCGCGUUCGACGGUGCUCUACAAGAACUGAAGGUGUACAGUUCGCCCGAGUUGGCCGAAUUACAGUGUAACACCGACGUCCUACAGCCGGAUAGUGACAAGAAUCCAGAAGCAACCGGAUAUACAGAUGAACCACCAGUUCCACCUCCACCACCUCCUUCGAAUGCGAAUCACGAGUAUCAGGUGGCAAACCUCAAAGGAGAAAAGGGAGAUCCGGGCCUCAAGGGAGAGUCGAUCCGUGGACCACCAGGACCUCCGGGUCCCCCAGGAACACCGUUUUCCGGUGACUUUGCCAUCGACGAACAACUCGUCAAGGCCGGAGUGGUAGGACCCAGAGGUCCACCUGGAGUGUGCAGUUGCAACCUGACUACGCUUUUCGCCCCAGGAAAUAUACCGGAGUUGUUACCGGGACCGCCGGGCAAUCCGGGCACCGACGGCAAGACCGGGUUGACUGGACUACCGGGCCCAGCAGGACUACCGGGAGAACGUGGGCCCGAAGGAUUAAGAGGUGAAAAGGGCGAUCGUGGAGACGUUGGUCCUCGGGGUAAUGAAGGAUUGCAAGGACCUAAAGGUGAUCCGGGUGUUGAUGGAGAGAGAGGUUUGCAAGGACCGCCUGGUCCUCCAGGACCACCGGGAAAUGGAGAUUUUUCAAGCAAUGAUCCAAAUUGGAAACCCAGACCAAUUUAUAAGGAUAUUGGAUUCGAGUCUAAUGUAGGAAGACCUGGGCCUCCGGGGCCAAAAGGAGACCCUGGUUUGGAUGGUUUGGCGGGCUUAAAAGGUGUAAAAGGCGUCCAAGGAAACAAAGGUGCUCGAGGUGAAGCUGGCGCGAAAGGCAGCAAAGGAGAUAAGGGAUAUGCUGGACCUACAGGACCACAAGGUUUAAAAGGUGAAAGAGGGCAGCGCGGUUUUGACGGAACUCCAGGGUUGCCUGGCGAAAACGCACGUCCAGCACCCAAAGGCGAAAAAGGAGAUACUGGAACUCCUGGUCCACCUGGACCACCUGGACUUCCAGGUUCUUCCUCGUUAACCGAAAAAUUAGAAAAAGUCGGCACAGCAGUUGUGAAAAUGCCAGUUAAAGGUGACAAAGGGGCGAAAGGGGAUCGUGGAGAAAAAGGUGCUUCCGGUAACUUAGGUCCAAGUGGAAACCCAGGUCCACCUGGAUUAACGGGUCCAAAAGGCGACCGAGGCGAACCUGGGCUACCUGGUGUAUCAACAGGAGUCAGUGUCAAAGGAGAAAAAGGCGAUAUGGGAAAAAGAGGAAGACGCGGAAAGCAAGGCCCUGCAGGUCCACCGGGUCCUCCUGGAGAAAUCGGACUUCCUGGACUAAGUGGAUUACCCGGUAAAGCAGGUGGCUUAAAAGGAGACAAAGGAGAUCAAGGAUUAUCGAUUAAAGGUGAAAAGGGAGAUCCCGGCAAAGACGGGUUACCCGGCAGACCUGCGGAAGGAGGUACUUAUGUUCCUGUUCCUGGACCACCUGGACCUCCAGGACCACCCGGUGUAUCGGUGGAAGGUCAGAAAGGCGAACCCGGCGAUCCAGGAUUCUCGACGGCGCCUCUCCGAAGUAGCCACGUCACUGAUCCUGUAGUAGUACCUGGAGCUAUGACGUUUCAAAAUAAGAAAUCAAUGUUAAACAUGACUGAUAAAACUCAAGUAGGAACCAUUGCGUUUAUCGUCGAAGAAGAAGCUCUAUUAGUACGGGUUUCGCUCGGUUGGCAGUACAUUUCUUUGGGUUCUUUGAUUACAUCUGGAACAGAAGCGGUCCCCACAAAUAUGCCAAUGCCGACUAGAGCGCCAUUAGAAUCAUCAAACUUGGUGCAUAAUCAUCCGGUAAAAGAAAAUUCAUCAUGGCAUCCUAAAAUGUUGCGAAUAGCAGCAUUGAAUGAACCGUAUUCAGGCAACAUGCAUGGCGUUCAGAGUGUUGACUAUUCAUGUUAUCGUCAAUCCAGAAGGGCCGGACUCCACGGGGCGUUCAAAGCAUUCCUGUCGUCUCGACUGAGCAACCUUAAGACCAUCGUGCACGAGUCGGAUACGGAUUUGCCCGUCGUGAAUAUCAAAGGCGACGUAUUAUUUAACUCAUGGAAAGAUAUAUUCACUGAAAACGGUGCGUUCACGUCGCACCAGCCUAGAAUAUACAGUUUCAGCGGUAAAAACGUUCUCAGUGACUUCUCUUGGCCUCAGAAAGUCGUAUGGCACGGUUCUACUACUUCGGGCGCCAGCGCAGUAGACGGCAACUGUGACGCUUGGAACUCGGAGAGCGUUGAAAAACACGGAUUGGGUUCGUCGCUGGUGCCCAGGUCGAGUUUACAGGCCAAACUAUUGGAUCAAACUACUUACGAUUGUCGAAACUUCUUUGUGGUGCUGUGCGUGGAAAUCACACCGCAUUCGGGCGCCAUGUUCUCGAGGAAACGCAGGAGUGGACGUCACGAAGAGAUGAAUCAAGAAGAAUAUCAGAAACUCAUCGACGACAUCUAUGUAUAAGUUGUUUUUUUUUUUGUACUAAUUUAUUUUCUAUGCAAUUGUAUCUAUGAUGCAAUGACAUCUACCUAAUUCGACGUUCGAUGGCUAAAGUCGCAUACUUUGUCCGUUCUUUUUUAGCAUUCGGUUUUUUUUUAUUAUUAAUUAAGUCGCUUGUUCCUUUAUACUACUUGUAAUUUGUUCAUAUUGUAUAUUUAAAAUUAAAAAAAAGUAGAAUCGCGAGCUGUAUAAAUUAUUUGGCAGCAUGUAGGUGUUGUCGGUUUGAAUUCAACCCGUUUGGACAAACACUAGAAAACGACUUUAAUUUCACAACAAUUACAUUUUUUAUAAUUUAAAUAAACGUAGGUAAGCGUGUUUUAGUCCUUGUGAAUUCUCAGUAUUAUGUAUUUAUAUAAACUGAGCAAAAAAUGUAUUAUUUAACGUUUUUGAAAUUCUUGUAGCGUAACUUUUGUCCGUUAAACAAUUAUAAAAUAAAUAUAAUUGAUCAUAUAUUUUUACCGACAAACUACUUAACUACACUAUUAACUACACUUAUUGUUUUUUUUUUAUACAUAAUGAUGCAUACAACGAUGUUGUCAUUUAUUAUUCAGUAUUAUAUUUAAAUAUAAUAAAUUAUUAAUAAUACUUCAUUAUUAAUGAUGAAGUUUUUUUUAUUGUUUACACAUUUUUAAACUUAGCUCGUAUGGGGUAUCUAUAACAUUAUAAUUUAUUGUAAAGCGGCUUUGAUAUACCGCAAUCUAAUCCGUUCAUUACGUUUGUAUGAGCUCAUUUUAUACAUUGUAAAUAUAGUUUUAUAUUUAAACAUGUAUUAUUGGAUUUAAAAUAGCUGUUAUAUAAUGUAGCUGUAAUAUUAGUAUUUAAUAGUAUUAACUACAACAUAGCUGUUAACUAUACGCUGUUAACUAGCUGUCAAACUAACGUUUUGAGUGGUUAAAGAAUCAAAUGAUAAACGUCGUUGAGUUGUUUAAUUUAAUUUCGACAGUCAAUAGGAUGAAAUAUUAAAACAGUAUAAUAUAAUCAAAUAGUAUAAUCAAAAUUUAUACUAGAAUUUGAAUAAUUUAUUUGAUAUAAUUCUUUGCCUAUAAUAAGAUAUCUAUCUACUAUAUACUUACUAUUAAUAAUCAUAACCUAUUUAAAAAUAAUGUAGAAGUUGGUUGUUUGGUAUAAUUUGUAAUGGAUGACUUUACAUUUUACAAUCAUAUUUUUGCCUAGCUCAAUUUUUUUUAACCUGAUUAAAUUUGAUAGAAUUAUUCAACUCAACGAUCAACAUUACUUAAAUAACAAUAAUAUUUUUUAAAUGUUUGUGUUGUGUCAAAAUGUUGUCAUUUACUUAAUAAAUUUGAAAGCAGUAGGUAGUAGGUACUAUUAAUAAUCUUGUAAUAAUGUUACCCAUUUAUGUUACACAUUGUCUACCCAAUUAUCAGAUAGUUAUUAGAAUAUAUUCAAUAAUUUUUAUAGUAGCUAAAUUUGUUUCCUAAACAUAUUUAGUAUGGUACAUGUUUAACUUUUAAAUAAAUUAUUGAUGCAGUAUUAUUAUAAUAUUAUGUUCACGUUGAACUAGUCAAACAUACUUUAGAUUUAAUUACAAAUAAAUCUUUUUUAAUUUAAAACUCGAGAAGAGGCUAAAUAUCGUAACAGUCUUUUUUUAUACAAUACAUAGUACAACGGGAAAUACAAGCAAAUUGCUUUUAUUAGUUUUCCGUCAAACUUUUAGGGUUAACUGUUGCCUGUCAAUAAUUUAAAAAAACACUAAUUGUAUACCUGCAUAUCUUUUGUACACGUCACGCAUAUAGAUAUCAUUAAUACAAUAUCAUUAUGUAUAUAAGUGUUAAGCAACAUAUCUGUAAAACAUAUCCUAAUCGGUUUGUUUAAAACUAAAGUUCUCAAACAUCUUCUCUUUCUAUGUCAUAAACCUGUAACGAAGUUAACACUUAUCAACCUAUAACUAUAAUACAAGUGAAUAAGUUGUGAAUAAUCUGUUAUGUUAAAUAUAUAUACAAAAACGAAAAAAUGUUGAAAUGACGAAUUUUAAUAAUAUCAGAGACAAAUUAAUAAUAUAACUAAAAAAUAACUCUAUUACUGCAAUAUUUUAUAUGACGAUUAAGAUUAAUAUUUAUUAUUAUUAGUUACUAUUAAUAUCCCAUAGUAUUAUGAUUAUUGUUUUUUUAUUAUUGUCAUAUUUUAUAUAAUACUAAUAUUAUAUUUUACACAAAUAUUUUUUGUUGACCCAUUUUCCCGAUUAUUAAU